AUGGACUGCGUCACAGAAGAUAACCUGGCAUAUUUUGACCUUGGUGACCUCAAAGCGCAGACCGAUUAUGUUGUAGAGAGCUCCUUAUCCGCAAAUAAGUUUACCUUGAACGUUUGCCAGGCCGUCCGAACUCAACUAUGGAAUGUUGACAGUGUUCAAGAGGAUCAGGUCGCAGCAUAUUACAGAGGAAAGCAUGGCGACUUUGCUCUUGGGUCUAUCGCCAAUUCCACCCUGCGUGUCAUUGACGGUGACCCUGUUUUGUAUAUGGGCAAUGGGAGUCCCUGUCCUGGUCUAAGUGACUCUAAACUACGCGCUAGUGCCGCAGUGCGGUUCGUAUGCGAUAGCACCCUCUUCAACGCCGGCAACCCAAAGCUCAUCGCGCAGUUCCCGGGAGACGACGAGCAUGCGUGUGCAUUCUCCUUCGAGUGGAAGACGCCCUAUGCGUGUCCUUCUGGAAGAAAACCGGCCGGAAUUCUGCAUCUUCUCAUUCUCUUUCUUACAUUCGUCCUGAUUGCCGUACUGGUUUGGUUGAUAUGUCUAACCCUCUAUAACCGCUUCUUCCUCGGUCUCAGGGGCUGGGAUCAAUUCCCUUCCGUCCCCUGGCUCUCCCCUCUCCGAUUCUUCAACUGGCUGCACGACAAGAUCACUGGCCGAGGCGACGGCUUUGUUGGCGGUCCUGGAUUGCGCUUUGGAUCUUCCAACGGAAACACUGGCUGGGGUUCUGGUGGCAGCACUGGUAGAAGAUUUCCGAAGUGGCGCUGGGGAGGUUGGGGCCGUCAGUCUACUCGGGACGGCUACGGCAGGUUACCCGAGGAAGAAGAAGGAAUAUUAGACAACGAUCGAGCUUCCUUGGACGAAGGAGAAGAGGACGCGACUCCAAGAAAUAUGAACGGAUUCGACAACGCUUGGGCGAAUGCACGAAGCGGUGGAAUGUCCAAUGAUGGUAUUAUCAGGUUGUAG